UCUUCUAUGUCAAAUUGCUCGUGUCCAUUUCGCUCGUCGCAAGAAACUGAGUUAAAAAUGUUGUUACUACUCUGCGUUUUCGCUGCUGCUGCGAUACUUCAAGCGUCAGCUGCGAGUAUAAACGAAAUUCCGAAAAUCGUGGGAGGUACCGCAGCAGAGGACGGACAGUAUCCCUAUCAAGCUUCUCUUCGCUAUAAGAACCGUCAUUUCUGCGGAGGAUCGGUGUUAAACGAAAGAUGGAUACUGACAGCUGCUCAUUGCUUACAAAGUUUCAAUGAUUCAGGUAUAACUGUAGUGUUAGGCACGAACACUUUGGACAAGAGUGGCGAUAUGUACCAGUCUGAGAAAGUAAUUAGCCAUCCGAAAUACAGUUCCGCAUUGAUCAGAAACGAUAUUGGUUUGAUCAAGCUGGAUAAGGACAUCGUCUUUGGAGACAAGGUGCAGCCCAUCGGGCUGCCUAACGAGAACUUCAGCAAAGUGGACUAUCCUGCUGUGUUAUCGGGUUGGGGAACGACCAGCUAUCCGGGACAAACGCCGAACGAGCUGAAUCACAUCCAGCUGAGCGUGAUCGAUCAAAAACAAUGUUUAAACGCCAGCUAUCGCAUUACCAACGACAAUAUCUGCACGCUUAACAAGAGGGGUGAAGGCGCUUGUCACGGCGACUCUGGUGGUCCUCUGGUUGCCGACAACGCGCAGAUCGGCAUCGUUUCCUGGGGAAUACCGUGCGCGAGAGGUCGGCCGGACGUCUUCACUCGCGUCUACAGUUAUAUCGAUUGGAUCAAAGAUCACAUUAGGACUCGGCUAGGGGAGAGGAUGGUUAGCAUGAGCUCUAUGCUCGUGGAGACAGUCAGUAUAAACUAUGAGGAUUUUAACGAGAGUUUUUUAACGUGCGGCACGUGUCUUUGCGUUUACGACGGCGGAGAGCACACCCCUAAAUUGUUACCAUGUUCACAUACGGUAUGUCUGCACUGUCUAACAAGAAUUGCCGCGUCUCAGACUCGCGAGACUGGUGCCUUUCGAUGUCCCAUUUGCAGAGAGUUAAUAACAAUUCCUCGCGGUGGAGUUCCUGCCUUACCACCUAGUUUCCUCGUGAAUCAACUGCUCGAUCUUAUGUCCAGACAAAGACGAGAGGUCAUUCCGAAAUGUUCAGUUCACAUAAAUCAAGAGUUGCUAUUUUGUGAGACAUGCGACACAGUAUUUUGUACAGUAUGCACCGGUGGUAAUCAUGCAGGAACGUCGCCAGGUUGUACCGAACACACCAUCAUACCGUUUAGUAUAGCGAUAAAAAGGAUGUCAGAGAUUUUACUCUACAAAGCUAAUGAAUGCAUAUCUAAGUUGACCCAAGCCCAAGACUCUGUGACUACGGAGUUACAGCGUUUGGAAGCUUCCACAGAAAGAUGUCUGAGCGCUGUGGAUAAUGAAUUUGCAGAUAUCAUUGCGAAGAUAGAAAGGAGACGGACGGAACUGCAAGAGGCCGUUGCGGCUGCCGCGAGAGAUAAGAAACACGUGUUAGAGGAGCAACACGCUCUUAUAGAAGCUGAGAAGAAUAAAGUACAACAAGAGUGCGAAGGUUUACAAUAUCAGGUCGAAGUACGAAACAUCACACAAAGAAUCGGUAGUUUAUCCGAUCAACUCGACGCGGCAUCGGCACUUAGCGAACCUAAAGAAAACGCCUUUAUUACAUUCGAAUUUAAUCAUAAUAAUGCUCUUUCUCAGUUAGAGGAAGCACUUAAUAACUUAGGAAGAGUACGUUCUAGUACAACAUUGCCAGGUCUGUGCAGAGCCCGGUUGAAGGACCCUGCCAUAGUUCGACUACAGGCUUCUGUGAUAGUAGAGACUGUCGACUAUCACGGGCACCCUAGAAACGUUGGAGGCGAUCUUAUUACCGCAGAACUAACUUUAGCAGAUAGCAUUCACCCCGAGAACCAAAGUUCUAACAUCGAAGCUGAAGUAAUUGAUCUGGAGAACGGUACAUACGAAGUACUGUUUCGACCACCAUCCGCGAGUCGCUAUGUUCUAAAGAUAUCAGUCUUCGAGAGGCCUAUCAAAGAUUAUCCUUUAUUCUUCGACGCGACCGAACAUAACGAACCGGUAAAAAUAUAUGGGAAACAAGGCCACGGGAAGGAUGAGUUCCAUCAACCGGUGGCAGUCGCCAUUGAUGAUGACAGCAUGAUUUAUAUUUUGGAUACUGGGAACUCGCGGAUAAAAGUGCUCAACUGUGAUCUGGAGUUUCAAAGGCACAUAACUAACGAGGGUCUCGACGGUCGCAGUUGUACAGGUAUCAGUGUCUCGCAACAAGGUCUCGUCGUCGUCAAUUGGAGAACGCGAAAAGUUACGGAACUAAGUACUCUGGGCGAUACUAUUAAAUCUUUCUCCCACAAUGCGUUCAAAGCACCGAUCGAUGUCUCGGUGGAUCGGAGUUAUGGUCACAUACUUGUCGCAGAUAAUGGUCAGAGUUGCGUUUUCGUAUUCGAUUCCGAUGGUAAAAUUCUCUUCCAGGUGGGAACGUUCAAACAAAUUACUUCCGUGACCGUCGGACCCAACGGUGAAAUCAUAGUCGCUGAUAGUCGCAUUCAAGUAUUUUCUGCUAAAGGAGAUUUUUCCGAAGAAAUUUAUGCCGAAGGCAAAGGGAAAGGUACUUACGGAGGUUUGGCCGUUGAUUCGGAGGGCAGGAUACUUGGUAGUCGUACCGAGAAAGGUCGCAGCAUAAUCCAAGUUCUGAAAUUAGGAGGAGGUAAUAUAUUAACUGAGAUCGAUUCGUAUAGUUCGAAACUACGACGUCCUUCACGUAUCGCAGUAUUACCUGACAAUCACUUAGUAGUUGUAGACUUGGGAAAUGAUUGUAUAAAAAAAUAUAGAUACUGGUAAAACUAA